AUGAUUCUCGAACUUAUGGCUACUGUUUGGAACUUUUUUACUACGUUCACGUCAACUGAGGUUGACAAGACGAAGCUCAACCAAUUGCGCAACACCGUUCGACAUUCGCUCAAGCGUAGUGUUCUCAGCGAGGCAUCCUUUCUUCCAGAGAGUCAGAUCAAAGAGCUUGUUACGCCAGACAAGAUAAAGGUAUUAUUGCCGAAUGCCAAGCCAGAGUUGGUAGACUUCAUCUGCAAGCAUGCAAAAAAGCUUUUCUUGACUGCAUCCUUGCAUCAUGGCAAUCUCCAGGACAUUAUGGAUACUUUCAAGUACCAUGGCAUGACAGAUAAGGAACUCCCGAUCCGUGAUCUCACCUCGGAAAAUAAGUAUUGCGAUGUUCACACAGAGGGGCUUCAAAGAGUCUGCAGCCAUGAAAAAGCUUUGGAAGCCUUUCAUCGCUGGGAUACGCACGACGUAUGGACCUUUUACAAUGAUCAAUGGAAAUUUUGUGCGCCAAUACUCGACAUGGAAUGCUCGUCCCAAGAAUUCCAUACGAAACACAUACUCCCAUUUAUAGAAAAGGGUACCACUCAAAAGGAUGGCCAUUUCAGUACGGUAUUUCAGGCUGCAAUUCAUCCUAGCCAUCAAAUUAGUCAUGGGUCCUCGAAGUCGAACACAGAUCAAACACGUGUUGCUCUCAAAGAGUUGAAAAACCUGAGCGAGCAAAACUACAACGUACAUGUGUCUUGGCUGAAUGAAGCAAAUGCGCUCUUCCAGAUUGCCGAGCUUCGUCAUAAACACCUGAUAAGUCAGGCCACUGCCUUCAAACAAGGAGAAAGAAGAUUCAUCAUGCUCGAGUGGGCUAAUGGGGGUACUUUGCGGGAUAUUUGGCAGACAGAAUCCCACGACAGGUCUAUCCUAGAUGGUAACAAGGUCAUGCGAGUCUUAGAAGAACUAACUGGACUUGCAAGUGCGCUCUCGAAAUUACAUGGCACUAACACUAGAACAAAAACUGCAAAAGCAACGUCGGCUCAUCGUACAAAGAAGGGCCCUGCCUCGAGAUCCAAAACAAUCUUCUCUCAGGGCCAGGGUAAUGGCGAUGACAAUCGCUUGACUAUUCCAAAGAUACGCUUCGAGGGAGUAAGCUCAGAUGACGGAGAUGACUCCAGCGACAACGCUGAAGAGCAGCAUUGGCGCCAUGGAGAUCUGAAGCCCGAAAAUAUCCUCCAUUUUAAAGAUGAAAAGUCUCCAUGGCUUGGAACUCUCAAAAUCGCUGACCUAGGUCUGGCCAAGCAACACGCAUUUGCCACUACCCAGAGACAAGACCCAACCGGGCAGAAAUACACAACCACGCACUACGAGGCACCUGAAGUUAUCACGACUAUGAAUUCUCGAGUCCCUCGGUCACGCCGAUAUGACAUAUGGUCAAUGGGCUGUAUCAUAUUCGAGUAUAUGAUUUGGCUCCUGUAUGGCUACGAAGAGGGGCUGAGAAGCUUUUACAACGAAAAGAAGGAUAUUAAUACCCAUCAUGAAACAUUAUACUUUACAGCGGACCUGAGUACAAGGCAAGCUCAAGUGAGCGACGUGGCACGAAGUUGGAUCAGUCACAUCUUGGAUGUCGACCCGGAAUGCAACCGUGCGACGCCAAGUGUGAUAAGAGACCUCGUCGUGUUGGUCAGGGAUAAGCUUCUUGUUGUCGAUCUACCCCAAGGAAGUAUGAGUCAGGAUGACAUCAAGAUGUGUCGUGCUAGUGCGGAUGACUUGGAGAGGAGCCUCAAGAAGAUCAAGAGAAUGGCUAUUGACGAUGAACAAAAGGGAGGCAGAUACCUGUCUUCGGGCAAAAGUCGUAACGAGGUCUCCCCACCUCGUCCACAGCGUGUUCGAAGGCAGAGCUUCUUGUCAACGAGUUCAGGCUCAACCUCGAAACAAUCGAAUCUGAACAGAUUCUUACGCGCCGUUAUUGAUCUAAAUGCACAGUUCAAUGACACCUGGAACCAUAUGGAAGACAGAUCCAUUGCUCUUGAAGUCCUAAGGCAUCACGAAGUCGAGAUCACGGACAGCAUGUCUAUGUCUCGGGAAAAGAUAAAGCUUUGCGAAGAAUGUAAAAAUCUUGAGUAUUGGAGCGAUAAGCCUCUGAUUAGUGAGAAUCUCGCGACUAUGAGAUCCAAGGUUCAGCAAUGUGCACUGCAUAGAAUUGUUUGCCGCGCUUUCCGACCACAUGCCUAUAAAGACCUAGACAUCAUAGAGAUUCGGAGAUGUGACUCCUGGCUUGUCACGGGCACAAUGAAAAUGCCUUUGCUCUCGCUCUUCAAGAUAUCAGAUGACUCAAUAAGGAACAGGCUGUGCUCUGAUGAGAUUCACCUUGGACUGCCCAAGCUUUUUAGACCCAGUACGUCCCCGUUCUACGACCUGCUUAUGACUUGGAUUCAAGAUUGUGACUCGAACCACCCCCAAUGUCGUCCCGCAAACAAGUCAAGCGUUCAAGUUCCGACUCGCCUAAUCGACGUUGGCCGGGUUGUUUGUGACAACUCAAAGGUAUACCUCCGUGAAGCAGCGAGUGAGAUAUGUCACCCAGGAAAUGAGCUGCGAUACAUUGCACUGUCACAUCCUUGGGGCAAUGGGACACAUCACGACCAUUUCUGCACCACAACAGAAAACCUUGACAGCCGACUUAGUGUCGGUCUUGAAGUUGGGCACUUUCCGAGCACAUUCAGACAUGCAAUCGAGGUUACUCGGGCACUUGGUGUCCCGUACCUCUGGAUCGAUUCGCUAUGCAUCGUGCAAGGACCAGACGGAGAUUUUGACACGGAAGCCAAAAGGAUGGAGACCGUCUUCAGCUCGGCAUACUGCGUCAUUGCCGCCAGUCGUGCCAACGGAACGUCGAGUGGCUUUUUGUGGGAAAGACCUGAGCGCGAAGCGGUGAGGCUAGAUGGAUAUCUUACCAAUGACUCAGUUUAUGUCUGUGAAGCCAUUGAUGACUUUCAGCACGAUGUGAUAGAAGGAGCCUUAAACAAACGUGGAUGGGUUCUACAGGAGCGUGCUCUUGCGCCAAGAACUAUAUACUUCACGGAGAAUCAGACAUAUUGGGAUACCAAGGCAUCAUUCCUUGGUGACUCCAACUUUCCCAAGCGAGCAAUGAGGUCGACAAGAGGAGCAAAAAUCCGAUUUUAUGAAUCACUGUACAAACAAUACUCGAAUCUCGAUUUUACGAAGAUACAUGAUCGACCCAUAGCGAUAGCUGGGCUGGAACAACAGCUGGUCAGUGCUUUCAAGACCGAAGGAGGAUACGGGGUAUUCAACGGAGAAUUCUUCGGCCGUAGUCUUUUAUGGAUGAGGGAUACACAGCAAAGUAAUGGCCUGACACUGAUUGAGUUCCCUCGAGACCAGAAGUUCAGAGUGCCAACAUGGUCGUGGACAGCUUAUAAAGGACCAAUCACAUACGUUGACAUCCCUUUUGGUCACGUUGGAUGGACAUACGAGACCGCCGAAGGAAAGAUCCAAUCGCCUUGGACGGCUCGAGGCUCAGAUUCUACUUCAGGAUCCUUGCAUACAGGGGAACUCAAUGGAAGGAUUGACCUUACUGCGCAGGCAAGGGAGAUUUCAAACUUGGGAUUAGCUGAGGCGCAGGGAAAGGUCAUCUACGACGAGGGCACGUCGCCACCAAAUGUGCGUACACUAUGUGUCAUUGUUGGGAGUGAAAAACCAAAGAUUGAAGGACAUGGAAUACAAGACCUAGAGCAUUAUGUUUUACUUGUUACACCAUCUAACAAUCUCGGCGAUGGUGUUUACCGAAGGGUUGGCGUUGGAAUGCUAUUGGAAAGUUGGGUUGACAUGAUAGCCACCAUCCCAGGGUGA